AUGCCAAAAGCCGCCCUUACUGACGAGAUGAAGAAAAUAAUCCGUGAAAACAAGUGGGCAACGAAGGAGCUGGGCAAGCCGAUCUCUCCGGCAGUCUGCAACGCUAUCAAAAAGACGUCGAAGCGGGAAAAGCUUGAGAAUCCUGGACGAGCCGCUUUCGAGGAAUUCGUUGCCUUCCAAGCGAAGGUCUCCUUCAACUCCCAACGGCAAUACGCCUCCCGAUCUGACAUCAUUGAGAUCGCAAAGUACUGCACUGGAAUCAACUUCUUCGAGAAAGAAAACAUCCCUGCCUUGAAUUCAAACUGGUUUUCCAUCCUCCGCGAUUCUUACGGACUCCCGAAAAAUGCCCGAGCUCUGACUGGAGGUUUUUUCGCCAUUCCUUCUACCGCUGCCGAGCGACGAGCACAAGACAGACGCAUCCAGAUGCAAGCUGAUUUCAGACUCCGACCCAAGGUGCUAACUCCUUACAGCUGGGAAUUCAUCGAGGAGAAAUAUCUCUACAACUGGGCCAACUCCGACUCCGGCCUUAGCUUCAGCAAACUCCAGGACGAGAGCCUCAAGUUUCUCCUCACGGAACGCCCACAGGGUCCUCCACUCCAGGUCUACAAAAUGCCCUACGAGAGACAAUCUCCCGACUUCGACGAAAUCCAAGACUUUUUCAUCAACGGCUUUUCCUCGAGCCCCAUCGGAAUCCAAGGCUCGGAUAUCCUAACAAGUCGAAUCGCCGAAAUGCCAAAAGCCGAUCUUACUGACGACAUGAAGAAGAUCAUCGCUAAAAAGUACGACAAUACGGAGCCUAAAAUGAGCACAGCCGACCUCUGCGAGUGGGCGGCGAAGGAGCUUGGUAAACCCGUCUCAGCUGCAGUCUGCAAUGCUAUUAAGAGGACAUCAAAGAGAUACAAGCAAGAGAAUCCAUCACAGGCAGCAUUUGAUGAAUUCGUAGCAUUUCAAGCGAAAGUCUCCUUCAACGAACAACGGAUGUACACUUCAAGAGCUUACACCAUUGAACUCGCCAAGAACUGCAGUCGACUGGAUUUCUUUGAUGGUGAAAAAAUCCCUGCUUUGUCAGCAACCUGGUAUUCCGCCCUGCGAGAUUCAUACGGACUUCCGAAAAAUACGCGAGCUCUCAACUUGGAUCAUGUGGAGUAUCGAGCUCCAAGAAAUGAUGACGAGGAACGUGCGAUACAGAGAUAUUUUCAGAUGUAUGAAGAUUUCAAGGUCCGGCCAAAGGUCCUCACUCCAUACAGCUGGGAGUUCAUCGAGGAGAAGUAUCUCUACCACUGGGUCAAUGGCUGCUCAAACCUUAGCUACAAUGAGCUCAAGGAAGAAGAUCAUAAACUCCAGUAUCAGAUUCUCACAAAGCCUGAAGAAGUGCCAGAGGCAGGCCCCCCACUUCAGGUUUACAAAAUGCCCGACGAGGAAGAAUCUCCCGACUUCGACGAGGUCCAGUAA